UCUGUCCAUGUGGUGUGUGGACAGCCCCUAUACAGUCAAACCUGUUUUAUGUGACUGUUUUUGUGUGAUUUUAUUAUAUCGAGUCAAGUUUCGAUUUAAUAAUGAAGUCGUACAAAAACAGGUUUGACUGUACAUUCAACCGGUCGGGAAGAACUCCAAUUAGAUACGAAAGCUCAAACUGGCAACACUACCAGUAUAGUUUUGUUUACAUUUUUUCUUCUUAAGUCGGAUUGUAGAAGUACGAACGCGUUCCAAGAAUAUAAUUGCAAAUAAUGCACAGUAACUAUCUAGCAUUAAAACAUCUGCUCAGGGAACAUGUUUUCAAAGUUAGUUAUCCAAGAACAUUAUGCACCAAGGUCGCCGUGAAGGAACGUAAGAAGAAAGUUCGGGUGAAAGAUCCAGUUUUAGGCGAGUGUCCCUCUCAAGAGCAAACGAAUUACUUCCAAUCAAGCAACAACCACAGGAUACUUGAAAGUGUGCCACCCACUCUUCUAAAAUGCGACAGUCGGUACAAAGAACGGUACUAUGUUGCGUCUACGGAAUGUGCCAAGGUAAUUUGUGGCCAUCUCACGGAUGCUAUGCCACAGGAUACUUUCUUGACGGAGAUUAAUCCAGGACCGGGCACACUCACUAGAGAAAUAGUACGGAAAAAGUUUGGCAGCUUGAUGUUGAUCGAAAAGGACGCUUUCUUCGAACCUGGUUUGAAACAGUUGAUCGCUUCUCUCGACUCGAGCGUAUCGAAACAAAUCCGGUUCAAGCUGGACGAUUUCAACGCACAGGGAAGAUAUUCCUAUUUGGACAGUAUAGACGAGGGCAACAGAAUGAAGAAGCUGCUGGACGGUUUACCCCGAAAACAGUGGGAGGAUGAAGGGACAAACCUACGAUUAUUUAGCGCAGUGGACACAAUGGCGUUUUUCAAAUCGCUUAUCAAUGGAAUCCAACAUCAAAAAGAUCUUUUCACAUUGGGUAGAUGUGAGAUGUACCUUGCUGUCCCACCAUUGAUUUAUAAGCAGUUGACUUGCACUAAAGAGGCUGGCUACAAGUUCUACCGCAGCGGCACCGUUUUGUUCCAAUUGUUUUUCGAACAUGAAUUUCUGACUAAAUUAAAGCGACGGGAUUUUUUGCCUUGGCCACCGAAUAGCGUCGCCCGGAAAAUCAAAACUCAGUUCACUGAGAUGAAGGGAAUUGGAACAGAGGAGUGGUAUCUGAUGCGAGUAAUUCCCAGGAAAGAUCUAUUCGACAACUGCCUGGUGGAUAAUUUGAAUCUGUUAUCAUUUUUUGUUUACCAGCACUUGAUCAGUCGGAAAAAUCGAAUUAUUCCUGCGUUAGAGCGAUGGAUUCCAACAUGUGGAACCAGACUAAUUCUACAUCAUAACUAUACCCCAUCGAAUCGUAUCCAGGCCAAUGUGGAUGAACAGUCUGCAGUACAACUCAAGUCUUCACCGCUCAAAAAGAAUGAUUUUCCUCCUCGGAUAAACAUCUACACGGAGUUUGGUGAACUGACGCCGUCGCAGAUACUGGCAUUGUUCAAUGAGUUUAUUAAUUGGCCUGAGUUCCAACAAUCACCAUUUCUGCAAGCAUUGGAGCAAUAUAGUGUGAAGCAACGAUUCGUGCGGUCCAACCAUUCAGCUGGAGAAGAUGCAUUAGAUGAUGGGUUCCCCGAGUCUGAAGAUCCGGAGAGAAAUGUUACUUAAACAUGUGUUGUUUAGGGGAGAUGGUUUCAAAUAUAAGUGUUCGAUAUAAAUUGGGCGAAGCGUGUUCUCCAAGAACUCCAAGUACCUCUCACAAA